AUGAGUGGUCCCGACACUAUGUCAACGAACGAGGGUCUACCGAAUCUGAGGUCCAAAGGGGACGCCUCCAUCGAGUUAACGACGAAUGACGAUCGAAUGACUUUGGUAUUCCGAGAAGUCGCUAGUUCCGAGCCAACCGAGAAUAGUCCAAGAUCGCUUGUACUGAAAGACCAAUACGAUCAUCCUCUUUGUGCAUUCCAUAUCGGCACGGCUCCAACCCUUUCGCCAAGACUUGAGGAAGCGACUUCUGCAGGAUCGGGAACUGUUCACGAAGGCUUUCAUCUGAGUGAAGAAAAAGGAGCAUCAAUCUUGACUUGUGAUAGAUGUGACAACAAGCUUUCCAUCUUGGAUCUGAAUGUUAAUCCUGAAUUAAACAAGAUCUCACAAUUACUUACCGGGAUGAAUUCUAAAAUUUCAUCUUCAUCUGUACAUAUAUCCAGAUUGAACAUUGAUAUCAAGAGUCUACAGAGAGAGAUUGGUGAAUUGAAAUCUCAAAAUAGUGAACUUCUCGCCGAGAAAAAAUCAAAACAAUCCCAAAGUCAAUCAGACCAACAAGUCUCUGUGAUCAGGUUCAGAGAUGAUGACGAUGGUCUAGGUUGGGAAGAUCCUUGUUUACAUUGUUCACAAUUACUGUGUUACAAUGCUUUUGUCGAGCAUGACCCAAAGGCUCUAGCAGUCUGCAGUAUCAGUGGAGCGGUAGUGUUCGGUGCAGCUGCGUUCGCCAUUGGAGCUGGAAUCAGCUCUGCAGCAGAUGCAUGA